CUUUCCUGCUGGGAAGAUCAUUCCCCUGCCCAUUCCUCAGCGACCAUGGUCACAUCUCGGAAUAGACUUCCUCACUGAUCUGCCCGAAUCGGAAGGACAUACCUGCGUACUGGUGGCUGUCGACAGAUUCUCAAAGGGAUGCCGCCUGAUUCCCCUCAGAAACUUACCCACAGCCAUGACCACUGCAGAAGUACUCUUUAACCAGGUCUUCCGCUACUAUGGAAUUCCAGAGGAUAUUGUCUCCGACCGAGGACCCCAGUUCAUAUCUCGGGUAUGGCGAGCCUUCUUUCACCGUUUAGGAGUGAGUGUAAGUUUGUCGUCAGGCUAUCAUCCCCAGACCAAUGGACAAACAGAAAGGAAAAUUCAGGAAAUCGGGCGCUUCCUCCGAACCUUCUGCCACAACCAUCAGAACUCCUGGAACCAGUUCCUGGGUUGGGCUGAGUACGCCCAGAACUCACUACGUCAAUCCACAACAGGUCUCACCCCUUUUCAGUGUAUCUUAGGCUACCAACCUCCGUUAUUCCCCUGGAAUGGGGAACCGUCAGACCUCCCAGCAGUGGACUUCUGGUUUCGGGAGAGCGAAAGAGUUUGGGAGGAAGCUCAUCAUCAUUUGCAGAGAGCUGUGAGGAGGUACCAGACCAAUGCCGACCGGCGCAGAUCCAACGCUCCAACCUACCAACCUGGAGACAAGGUAUGGCUCUCCACGAGAGAUAUGCGCCUCCGACAGCCCUGCAAAAAACUUAACCCAAGAGCCUGGUCCUGAGGAAGAAACACCCCCUCCUCCGAUCGUCGUUGAUGAAGGUACCAUUUAUCAGGUUCGUGACAUCCUGAAUUCCCGACGUCGUAGUGGCCGUCUAGAGUACCUGGUAGACUGGGAAGGAUACGGCCCAGAAGAAAGAUCCUGGGUGCCUCGCGACGACAUUCUCGAUCCCACAAUGUUGGAGGAAUUUCAUCAUACUCACCCCGAGCGUCCGGCACCCAGAGGACGAGGUAGGCCACCACGACGACAGAGAGGCCGACCCUCAGGAGCGGGUCGUGAAGGAGGGGGUAAUGUCACAGUCAGGCCAGGCUCCGAACUUAAUCCAACACAGCGCCCUUUAUCGCCUGAGUACUAACCACCACCACCUGUCCGUAAUCAGUGUAAACGCAUAAAGACCACACACCACACCUCAGUCAACGUCCGGGCUCGUACCCAUGAGUGAGGACCCAACGUCUAACGUUUCA